GGACGGUUCCACGUUUUGUCGGCGCUGAACUUGCCCCUGAUGCCCUCGGACUUUCCCUCCUUUUCCCAUCACCUGACUGCCACACCCAAAUACACACCUGUUUCCACUCUCCCUCACCAGCCCUCCAGAGAGAGUUUUUCUCAGCAGUGAAGUGAGCCAGUGUUCAGUGGAGGUUUGGUCAUGUCUGGACUGCUGGGUGUGCGACUGCUGCUGCUGUGGGGCAGCGCCUGCUUCUGGCUGCUCGGCCUGGCCCGGGGGGCUCUGGUCAUCUCCGGGUACCAUGGAGCUCCGCAGGAGACAAGAGGAGCUGCCAGAUCAUUGCAGAAAAGAAGUGCAAAUGAGGCCACGGUGGAGGUGUACAGUGUGACAGUGGACUGCACUGUGACGUCUCGUUUCGCCCACACCGUCAUGACCACCAAGGCUCUGAACAAAGCAAACUCCUCCCAGGAAAUCUUCUUUGAAGUGGAGCUGCCCAAGACCGCCUUCAUCACCAACUUCAGCAUGGAAAUUGAAGGUCAGGUGUAUGUUGGGGAGGUGAAGGAGAAAGAGAAAGCUAAGAAACAGUAUGAGAAGGCCGUUUCCUCUGGGCAGACGGCUGGACUGGUCAAAGUUUCUGGAAGAAAGAUGGAGAAGUUUUCGGUGUCUGUCAACAUUGCAGGCAAUAGUAACGUGACUUUCAUUCUGACCUACGAGGAGCUCCUUCAGAGAAAACUGGGCCAGUAUGAGAUUCUGAUUAGAGUGAAACCCAAACAACUGGUCCAGGACUUUCAGAUUGUGACAAACAUCUAUGAGCCUCAGGGCAUCUCUUAUGUUGACACCCAUGCAACCUUCCUGUCCAAUGAACUGCUCCCUCUGGUGGAGAAAACAGUCACAGACAAAAAGGCACACAUCUCUUUCUCACCAACUAUCGAGCAGCAGAGAAAGUGUCUGGGUUGUGAUGGAACACUCAUCGAUGGAGAUUUUGUCAUCAAAUAUGACGUGAACCGAGCAAAGAGCCUCGGGGACAUUCAGAUUGUGAACGGAUACUUUGUGCACUUCUUUGCCCCCCCUGACCUGCCCAGAGUCCCAAAGAAUGUGGUGUUUGUGAUUGACAGGAGUGGAUCAAUGAGUGGAAGAAAGAUGGCACAGACACGAGAGGCAUUGCUGGUCAUCCUCAAAGACCUCCACGAGGACGACCACUUUGCCCUCAUCCAGUUUGAUCACAAUAUCGAUUCUUGGAAGGAUUCACUUACCAAAGCAACACAGGAAAAUUUGUCUGAAGCCAUGGUCUAUGUCCAAAAGAUAAAAGACUUAGGAGGAACCAACAUCAAUGAUGCAGUGUUGAGAGGUGUGAACAUGCUGGUCAAAGACAGGCAGGAGAAGAAGCUCCCAGAGAGGAGCAUCGAUAUGAUUAUUUUACUGACUGAUGGAAUGCCAAAUUAUGGAGAGUCUAACCCCCUGAAGAUCCAGGAGAAUGUGCGUUCUGCUAUUGGAGGAAACAUGUCUCUGUUUUGUCUUGGGUUUGGAGAUGAUGUGGAUUACUCCUUCCUGGAUGUGAUGAGCAAACAAAACAAGGGACUGGCCCGCAGAAUUUAUGAGGGUUCAGAUGCAACACUUCAACUUCAGGGUUUCUAUGAGGAGGUGUCCAGUCCUCUGCUUUCAGAGGUGGAUCUGCGUUAUCCUGACAACGCAGUGGACUUCUUGACCACCAACAACUUCAACCAGUUGUUUAAUGGCUCAGAGAUCGUGGUGGCCGGUCGGCUAAUCGAUAAUGACCUGGACAACUUCUUGGUAGAAGUGUUCGGCCAGGGGUUUCAGGAGGACUUCAAGGUGCAGGGUCAGGCCAGUACUGUGGACUGGGACGCUAUGUACCCGGAUGAGGAGUACAUCUUUGGGGAUUUCACAGAGCGUCUGUGGGCCUAUCUCACUAUCCAGCAGCUAAUGGAGAAGAGCAAGAGUGGUGCCCCAGACGAGAAAGACAACGCCACAGCCAAGGCCCUGGACAUGUCUCUGCAUUACAGCUUUGUCACACCUCUCACCUCCAUGGUGGUCACCAAGCCCGACACUGAGGAUGGACCAGACACCCCUUUCAUUGCUGACAAGCUCACUGAGGAGCAAAGGCAACAGGCAGAACGAGUGGCACAUGGAUUUGCAAGCUCACCAACGUACAUACAUUCUUACCACAAAUCACCCACAUAUUUUGGCGCCAUUGCAGCAAUGCUCUCCGCUCGUCACUCUGAUCUCCAGCUCGAUCUGAGCGUGGAUGGAGAUCCUCAUGUCAUUAUAGAGCUCCCUGACAGAGAAGACGCUCUGUGCUUCAACAUCAACAACAAACCAGGAACCAUUUUCAACCUGGUCAGAGAUCCAAAAUCAGGUAUUUUGGUCAAUGGCCAGAUCAUUGGCGAUAAGAAGAUUCCCCCUGAUGGUAAAAUUAACACCUACUUUUGGCGUUUUGGCAUUGUCCACCAGACUCUGGGGGUGAGGCUUGAGGUAAGCACUCAGGACAUCUCAGUCUUCCAGGAUGGAAAACUGGUUAAGCUUCUGUGGUCUGAUGCAGCUUCUCUCAAAGGACCCAAUGUGGAUCUUUCCUUGACCAAGGAUCACAGCCUAACAGUAACUCUAAAAGAUUCAGUCAAGUUUGUCAUCCUGCUACACAAAGUGUGGGAGAAGCACCCAUACCACCGGGACUACUUGGGUUUCUACACCCUGGACAGCCACCUCCUAUCCCCUUCUGUUCACGGCCUGCUAGGUCAGUUCUAUCAUGGGAUUGAAUACGAGGUGACAGACCUGCGUCCAGGUGAAGUCCCAGAGAAACCAGAUGCCACCAUGUAUGUGAAAGGACAGGAGCUCAAUGUGACCAGAGGCUGGCAGAGAGACUUCAGGGGGGAUGUGAAGAACGGAGAAAAUGUUCCCUGCUGGUUCAUUCACAAUAAUGGAACAGGCAUCCUUGAUGGAGAUGCAACAGACUACAUUGUUUAUGGCCUUUUUAAGACAGUUUAAAAAAAGGUUACAUAUCAAUGUCUACCACAGAAAUCAUCCACAUCAAAUUCAUUAAAUAAAUAUUCAAAUCUGCCAGUAAUUACACCAUGAAUACUUUUAACAUUAUAAGGCAAACAGGCUUCAUAUCAACACGGCAUUGUAUGGACAAGUUCACAGUUUCUGUCAGUGUAAUUGCAGGAAUUAUAAGAAUCCCGAAAUAUUGAGAGGUACUGGGAGCAAUCACGUGUAUUGAAAUAAAUGGGACAGUUAUUAAAGAUGGAUUUACUGAUUUUA